ACUAGAGGGAAGCCAAAAUAUAAUCCCUGGGUGUUAACCUAUGAUAACGUAAUAUAAUUAAUUAUUUAUAUUUUUUCCUGGUGCUUAGACUGGUGGAUUUGAUCAGUUUAUAAUUUUUUGGUCGAUCUGAUUUGACGUUGUUUGCAGUAGACUAAGGGUUAGUCAUGUUAGGAUUGGAGAAUAGUAAACGUUGGACGGAGGACAGCAGUGGUCGCUCGCAAGCAGUACUAGUAUGCUAUUAUGCUAUAGCCUCGAAGUGUAGGUCGUGAACUGACAGUGACAUAGCUGUGAGCCCCCAUCCAGGCACCACUAAUAGUAUGAAAUUUGGGUUAAUUCAUCUUCAACACCAGCCACGUCCGUACACUUGACCUUCUCUGUCCCUGCCUUUAUCUCUGUCCUUAUUCUCUCUCUGUCUCUCUCUCUUUUACUUGCUCUCUCCUUUCACUCCGUCCUUAUUCUCAGUCUCUCCCUCCCUCUAUCUGCAGGUGUGGAGGACCGCAGCCUGAGGCUUUAAAGAAGGACAAAGCCUCUGCUGAGAGUGAGAACACAACGCUGUUGGAGAGAGUAGAGGAGAGAAGGAAGAGGAGGAGAGAGGGAGGGAUAGCUACAGUGCAGUAAGGGAGUCUGGUAGAACUGGUUGUUGAAAGGAAAGAGCGAUGGAGUCUUUUGCAGGAGAUGCGGAGGGCAGCGCUGAUGACCUUACAGGAGGAAAGAGGAAGUCCAAGCUGAAGACCCUGAAGACACGUCUGUUUGGGAGAUCCAAGAGAGAGACCCAACUCAGCCAGUCUGCUGGUGAUGUCACUGAGGCGGAGGGGCUGGGCUCAGCUGAGCAUCUGUGUUCAGGCGUGUUGGGAUCACGGGCGUUGUCACAUGACAGUAUCUUCUUGGCCGACCAGGAUCUGUCUAGUCCGGAGCAGCCCAGGGUUCUAUCCCAGGAUAACGUCCAAGGCAGGAUCAAAGAACUCCAGAUGAAGCUCCAGCAGCAGAACAUGCGUCUAGGCCCGUCCCCAAUGGUCCUGCCAAUCAAACGUCCAGAGGACCUGGGGGGCAGCUCAGAGGACGAUGGUCUGCCCCACAGCCCUCCUGAAAUCUCCAUGGGCGACCACAGACACCCCCGGGGGGUAUCUUACAAGUUCCCUGCCCCUCCCAGGCACCAUAGCUCUCUGAGUUUAGUAGGAACAGGAAGUGAGGAGGAAGAGCAGGCCAUCUCCCAACCCUUGUCCCAUCCCCUCUCUCCCAUGCUCAAACCUCCUCUUACCAGCUUCGUGCACCCCACCCCAUCUGCCCCCCUCUCUGCCUUCUCCCCUGCCUCUCCUAUCUUGGAUUUCAGCACCCCAGCCCAGUUCACCCCCUCCCUGGAUAACUCUGCCGCCCGCCACCGUAUGUCCAUCAAGCCCAGGAACCAGAGGGCCAGUGCCAAGAAAAAAAGGCUGACCAUGAUCCAAAAGUUGGAGCAAGGGGGGUUGACCACCCCCACUGCACCCCCAGAGCUGACACCCCUUAAGUCUGGUCCCACAGAGGCCGAGGGGUGCCCAAAAACCUCCACCUCCACCCCAACUCUCCCCUGCAAGCCCUCUCCACAAGAGCAGCUGCAUCCUGGGGUUGCUCUGAGACCAGUGGAAAUUGUGCCAGGCAAACAGCCACAGUUCUCCUCUGUGACCACAGUACAGGACCUGAGAUACACUCCACUGGGAGACCCCAAGCCCUCAGCCCCAUCCCAAACCAAGAGGGACAUCCUGAGCAAGAGUGGUGUGAAAGAUUCAACCCCCAGCACCGAGGGUAGCACCAAAGAAAACCCAGUCCCGGCCGCCCAGCCCGCAGUUAGCCUGGCCUCAGUGGUGGAUCUCAGAACAUCCUCUCUGAGGUGGAAGCCAGAGGCUGUGGCUGCUGGUCAGAGUACCACAGAGCCACCUGCUGGGCCGGACGACGCAGGUCAGGCAGAGCCAAGGCCAGUCUCUGGAUCCUUCCGCUUCUCCAUCAACUCUGCCAGGGAGCGGGAGAGACCCAGGAUGGGAAGUGGUGGUUUCUUGGGAGUGGUGGAGCAGGCUGGGGCUGGGGCGAAGAGGGAGGGGAGGGAGAAGGGGACAGAGGUGAAGUUGAUCUCCUCAAACGCCAGCCAGAGGGGGCAGGAGCAGCAUGGGGGCAGGCAAGAGGGAGCCAAGCCCAAAGAAGAGGAUUUGACUGCCAGCGAUAUCGGGGAGAAAGUCUUGGAAGGGGAGGAGGUGGAGGAGGAGAGCAGGGAGGGAGUGGAGGAGGCAGUGGAAGCAAAGGAGGAGGCACAGGAAGAGGAGGAAGAGGGGAAAUCGGCAUUUGGCGUGAAGCUUCGCUCCACCUAUCUCUCUCUGAAGGUCCGGGCGGAGUCAGCCACCAGCCAAUCAGAUCUCAAGAUUAACCGUCAAAGUCAGGAGGUGGGUGCUCUCCCUCUUACCCCUUACACCCUUUCCUCGAAACCCACCGGGCUUGAGGAGCUACAGGACACCCCGCCAACCAACUCAAUGCCCCAAAAGCUCCAUGCAAACACCUGGGAUGCCCCAACAACACUGUCUUCACCCAGGGGGAGAGCCGGCUCCCUCAGAGAAGCAGUAACCUCAGCCCAGCCUACCCCCUCACCUCUCACUAAAGAGGCCCAAACCACUCCAGCUAUCCAUAAGGUGGUCCCAACCACCCCUGUCCCAGCUAUGGAAGCCCACACUACCUCCUCAACCACUCAGGACCCCAUGACUGGCCCCCAGGCGCCCCCCAAGGCUACCGUAUCCUGGAUGAGCAUGGCAUGGGGGAAGACCAGGGACCUCCAGCAGCUCUUCACCAGCAGUCUACCCAGAGAGUUCACUGGCAUGCAGUCCCCAACUCAACCGCAAUGUCAGACCACAACACAACCACAGACGUCGUCACUGGCUCAGAUCAUGACACAAACUCAGAGACAGAAUGCAACACAACCACAGACACAGACGACAAUGCCACCACAGGCUCAGACCGCAGCACAACCACAAUCACAGACCCAAAUGCAACCCCUGACUGCUAAACUACUGCAGUCACAUAAUUCAGCACAACGACCACAGACAGCAGCACAAACACCCACACAGACCACAAAACAACAGCAGACUGACAAAACACCACAGACACAGAACACAACACAACCACAGACAGUGACUCAACCAUCAACACAGAACACAAAACCAUCAACACAUGUGUCAAACCAAACCAACACUUGGGCAGCACAACCAACCACCGCCCCUCAACCGCUAGCACAAUCUACCCUAAAUUCUGUGCCUCGGGUGACCUCACCGUCCAACCUACGAGCAACCCAGCACACCCUGCGCUCCACUCCACAGACCCAAGCUCAAGCCACACUACGAUCUGCCCCAAUAGGUGCCACUUCCACUCAGCCCCUGGCCUCGUCUUCCCUCUCUUCAAGCCCAAGCUCCACACCCAGCCAGCCGCCCUGGAUCACACGAGGUCACAACCCUACCCCUCAGCCCAAACCAGCCUUAGCCCCAACAACAAACCCAGCCCCAGUCCAAGCUACAGUCCCAGCACUAGGGAGAGGUGACAGGACCCUUGUCCUCCAGGGGAAGAGUGAGGAGGCGGCUGUGCCAACUGAAAAGUGGGUGGACCGGGACAGGCCAGGGACUGUGGGAGGGAGGGCAGCCUUUCUGGAGAAACGGGCGGAGUGGACCCCUCCUGCUGGGAGCAAGGUGGAGCUCAGGAGAACGCGGACCCCACCUGAGUCUCAGCCCACAGCUGAAUGUGCUGCUCCUUCCAAAACGCCACCCACUCACAGAAACACUAAAGCUGAUGGGAGGCCAGAAUCAAGCCCAACCAAAGUGGCAGGCAGGCAUGCAGACAGAGAGCACAAAUGGCUGAGAAAGAACAUGGCAACGUCGUCAUCUCCUUCAUCAUCACCUUCGUCAUCAUCCCCCCUGCAGACCAUCUCUGACAGUGGGGGGCAGCCAUCUUGGAUGGAACUGGCCAAGAGGAAGUCAAUGGCCUGGAAUGACAAGACCAUGGACUGAUAGAAUGAGAAAGAAAGAAAGAAAGAUGCAGAGAGAGAUAGGGGGAGUUCCUUAUUUAAAUGCACUUAUUGUUAGUUGCUAUAGUCAAGAGUGUCUGCUAAAAUGGCUCAAUUGCAAGUUGUGAGAGUGGUAGAGACAGAGGGAGAGAAACAGCAACAACAGUAGUGAUGGGAAUGUAGCGCGAGUGAAGGACAAAGUGAGAUGUUGAGUUCAUUGAAGUGGAAUUGAAUUGACCUUGGAAGCAAAAGCUAUAGGUAAGCUGUAAAAUCAGCUUCCCUUGAAUGUACAGGCUUGCUUUGUUUGUGACAUUGUUUUGUAUUGUAUGUUUGCGUAUGGGAUGAUUCUGAUGUAGAAUGGUUCACUAUCUCUGAAGUCUUUUUCUGUCUCUCUUGGUUUUGAUCCAAACAUAUUUUUGUCCCAAACUCUGGGCUUAUGUUAGAGAUGGGUAAAAUAUUAUUGAUAUAUUGUUAGAAUAACAUUUACAUUUUUAUCUCAGAAAUAAAUAAUGUAUAAGAUAUUUAUGAAAGUAAUAAAUGCUUAUGUAUGUGACUAAAUGCCCCAGUGUUGUUCUAACUAUUUAUCUCUAAUUGUUUAUGAUGAAUAAUAAAAAUACAAAUGUUUUCUGUCA